UGGCUGGAAUCGCUGCAGGUCGUUUAGCCGAAGAAAGGAAGGCUUGGCGCAAGGACCACCCUUUUGGAUUUAUUGCAAGACCAUCAAAAAACGAAGACGGGACGAUGAAUUUGUAGGUUAUUUGGUUAACUAAUGAAUGUGUUUUUUAGGUACAAUUGGGAAUGUGCCAUCCCUGGACCUAAAACAACAAUUUGGGAAGGAGGAUUGUUCAAACUUCGAAUGAUCUUCAAGGAUGAUUUUCCUUCGACUCCGCCAAAAUGUCGUUUUGAGCCGCCACUGUUCCAUCCAAAUGUCUACCCGUCUGGGACGGUUUGUCUGAGUUUGCUGGACGAAAACAAAGACUGGAGGCCAUCAAUCUCUGUCAAACAAUUGUUGGUUGGAAUUCAAGAAUUGUUGGUCUCGCCAAACCCAGAGGAUCCGGCGCAAGCUGAAGCUUAUCAAAUUUUUGUUCAAAAUCGUCAGGAAUAUGAGCGCCGUGUUCGUAAACAGGCGCAGCAAUUUGCGGAAGAAUUGGUUCAGAAACAAAUGUUGAUGGAGUCUUGAAUGAUUUUUUGAGAGAAGAGAGGACCUACAAAAGUAUAU